AUGUGGCAAUGGAUAGUGACAGAAAGACCUCCACAAGAGCACUAUCCUUUUCGUUCCUCUCUCUCCGCUCCCAACAUCGUCCCUAACAGAGUGACCUUAUCGGACCAGUCAGUGUACGAGGCGACAGUGGUGGGAGCGGAUCCCAACAAGGACGUGGCAGUGCUGCACAUUGAUGCGCCCCCUGAGAAGCUAAGACCGCUGCCUGUAGGCUCCUCCUCGGACCUGCUGGUCGGCCAGAAGGUCUUCGCCAUCGGCAACCCCUUCGGACUGGACCACACACUCACAACAGGAGUCAUCAGUGGAUUGCAGCGUGAAAUAACGUCAGUAACGCGGCGGCCCAUUCAGGACGUGAUUCAGACUGAUGCUGCCAUCAACCCUGGCAACAGCGGAGGGCCUCUCCUCGACUCCAGCGGCACCCUCAUCGGCAUCAACACCGCUAUUUAUUCGCCAUCUGGCGCAUCCUCAGGCGUUGGAUUCGCUAUCCCUGUAGACACAGUGAGUGGCAUCGUGGAGCAGAUCAUAGAGUACGGGCAGGUCACACGGCCGGCGCUCAACCUGGCCUUUGCACCGGAGCAGCUGGUGGAUCAGCUCGGCAUCUCGGGGGUGCUCGUGCUGGAAGUCAACCCCAACGGCGCCGCUGCCAAGGCUGGCCUGCGCCCAACGUCACGAGACAGCUUUGGGCGGCUAAUGCUGGGGGACAUCAUCACAGCUAUUGACGGCAAGCCCAUCUACUCCGGCUCGGACCUCUACAAGAUCCUCGACAAGUGCCAAGUUGGCCAGACCGUUGAUGUACAGCUGCUGAGAGGAAACGAGGAAGUUGUUGUGCCCAUCACUCUGGACGGGCUCAGCGGCGUGCUGUACGUGUUCUGCAUGGAGGAGCCCACGUGGCUGGCGGCGUGCUUCCGCGAGUACAAGGGCGAGGUGCUGCGCUUCGACCGCUCGUGGCGCCAGACCGUUCUCAAUAAGCUGUCGGAGGAGAAGGGAGUGGAGCGCCGUGAUCUCAAGGAACCGCUUCAUUUCAAAGACUUCCAGUCCAUGUUUCUGUACCGGCGGUGGUACCGCUGUCACGUGAAGCUGGAAGCGUUCGAGGGCGACACGGGCCACUGGUGGCUGGAGGUGUACCCGCUGCUGCGCCCGGAGGACAAGCCCAUGGAGGUCAUGCAACGCCCAGGCGAGACCAUCUACGUGCCGUCAGGGUGGUGGCACAGCGUGCUCAACCUCGACCUCACCGUCGCCGUCACGCAGAACUUCGCCUCUUCUGCCAACUUUGACUGUGUGUGCCUCGACAUGGUGCCUGGACGGCACAGAGGCGUGGCGCGCGCUGGGAGACUGGCGAUCGAGGCCGGGGAGAAGUGGGACGAGCGACUCAAGGCCAUGUAUGGGGAGGGCGAGGAGGAGGAGGAUGAGGAUGAGUGGGAGGAGGUGGAGGAAGGCGAGGAGGUGGAAGGGAGUGAGGAGGGGGAAGAGGAGGGGGGGGAAGGGGAGAGCGAGGGGGAGGAGGGGGAGGGGGGCACGUGGAAUGGCAUGCAGGGGCGGCUGUCAGCGUUGGCAGCGCAGCAGUUUCUGAGCGAGGGGGGCAACGAGGGGUGGUCCAUGCCUGAGAUCCGUAUCCUGCUGCGCUCGCUCUGGCCCGCCCAGCCCCAACUUCAGGAGCGCAUUUGGAAGAACGCGUGUCUGUGCAUGGAUGCUGCCACGUGGCACAGGCGUGUGGUCACAGUGUGCCAGGCACACGGCCUGCCCGCCCCCAAGGGCCUGGACGCCCUCCCCCUGGGCUCCGGAUCCAAUGCUGUGAGCCCACCCACUCCCCCUCUCUCUCGCCUCCUCCCUUCUCACUCACCUCUCUCUCCCUUCCCGCUCUCCCUUGUGCUUGCUCGCCCGCUCUCACAUUCCUCGCAUCACCUCCCCCCCGCUCCCCCCUCGGUGCAGGUGUACAUGGUGGGGCAGCACGUGGUGAAGCUGUAUCUGCCCAUGGGCUCUCACGAUGAGUCCGCCGCCACCUUCCUCGCCAAGGAGCUGGCGUUCUACCGCGAGCUCCACGCGUGCCAGUCGCCCCUGCUGCCCUGCAUUCCGCCCCUCGUGGCCUCGGGCCUGCUCUUCUCAUCCGGGGUUGUGGACAGCAGCGAGGAGGAGGAGACGGCGACGGGGCGGGGAGGGAGGGACGGGGCGGGGGCAAAGAAUGACGUGCAGGCGAAUGGAGUGGAGAGCAAUGGGCGGAGCGCAGAGGCCGAGGGGGGAGAGGCUGGGGCGGAAGGGGCGGAAGGGGAGAAGCAGCAGGAGGGGUAUCCGUUUGAGGUGAGUGUGGCGCCACAGGAGGAGCAGUUGGUGGCUGCAGAGUGGGACGGGCUGACAGAGCACCGGCCUGUGAACCCCUUCGAGGACACACAGGGGGCUGUGGCGCGAGGGCGAGUGGGGAAGAAGGGGAAGAGCGGCAAGGGGAAGGAGGAGGGGAGGGAUAGGCGGACCCCGGCGUAUCGACGGCGCGCCAAGAAGAAGGCUGAGGAGAGGCGGCGGCGGAGGGAGCUGGCUAAAGGGAAGAAGGGCAAGGACGGUGGGGUGGGGGUUGGGAAGGGAGAGAAGGGGGAAGCAGAGCAAGGGGAAGGAGAGGAAUACGAUGAGGAUGAGGAGGAGGAAGAGGGGGAGGAGGAGGAGGGAGUGUGGCCGUACAUCAUCACAGGGCGCUGCCCUGGGUGGCAACUGGAUGCUGUUGCGGAUCUAGCAACACCAGCAGACAGGCAGGCUCUGGCGGACUUCUUUGCGGCGUGCCUCUCGCACCUGCACUCGCUGCCGCUGCCCGCCUCCCCGCUCUCCCCGCCGCCCCGCAAGGCCAAGAGGAAGAGCAAGGAGGAGAAGACAGGGGCGCAGGGCGCAGCAGGGGAGGCGGUUCAAGCGAAUGGGACUGCAAAGGAGGGGGUGGGGAACGGGGCGGUGGAGAGUGGUGGGAAGGAGGAGGAGCAGGAGGAGGAGGUGGUGGUGAGUGAGGAGUGGAGGCCGUUUGCAGAGAUGAUGCGCGAGCACAGCAAGUACAUCAAGGAGCGACUCGAAGACAUCGCCCUCCAUGCGUCUCACCCACCUCUCUCCCUUGCUGCACCCCUCUCACACCACAGGGGCAGCCUCCCCCCACACCUGGUGAAGCAGGCAGUGGCGUAUCUGCCCAAGGACCCCGCACUGCUCUUCCAAGGCCUUGUCAGUCCCCUCCCCCUCCUGCCACACCCGCUUCCCCCUUCUCUCUGUUACAUCAUGAGCGACAAUGUGCUGCUGGCUGCCGCCUCGCCCGCUGCCACGCCCGUCAUCGAGGAGUUUGUUGCGCGCGGCAAGGACAGCGCGGGGAAGAGCAACGGGGAGAAGCCAGGCGCAGGCGAGGGGGGUGGAGAGAAGGAGGUGGCAGAGGAGGGGGAGCGGGUGCUGCAGCCGUCUUCCAUCAUCGACUUUGGCACCCUCAUUCUCGGUGACCCGCUGUACGAUCUGGUGAUGGUGCAUGUGAGUGCACAGCGCUGCAACAAGGCCGACCUCGCCAGGCUGCUCGCCACCUACAAGCCGCCACGCCCAAACGAUGUGCUCAGUCGUGUGUUCCGCUAUCGCAAGGAGCUCUCUGACGUGAAGACCUUGGAGGAAAUCGCCACUGCAGUGUGGGGCCAGCUGGAUGAGUUGGUUUAA